GUUUUUUUGUGACCUCUCAUUAUUCAUGGAAGCUGGGUUGAUUGGCUAUAAGCGUUAUUCAUCACCUCUAUUGGGCUCGCUUAAAUCUACUUGGCGUUGUUUUCUUUUUCCCGGUUAGAAGGGGGCGGACAACUCUUAUUUUCCAUGCAAAGCCCUUCUACGCCUCAUCUUCAACGACGACUCACAUAUCGUGUAGCAGGUGAGCCUGUUGCUCGAAAGUACCCAGUUACUGUCGCCAUUGAUUUUGGAACGACAUUCUCGGGCUGCAGUUACAAGUUUGAAGACGACGAUGAGAUAUACGACGUAGUAAAGUGGCCGAAACAUUUUGGAUUUUAUGCCAAAGUUCCCAGCUUGUUAUACUAUAAAGGUCGAGCCAACCGAUUAGUGGAUUGGGGUGAUGGUGCGCGAAGACUAGCGCUUCAGCCAGGGCAGGAUGGAACUUUGAUCCGCCAAUUCAAAUUAUGGCUCGCCAAGAAUACAACGCCGCCGCCACCUUUAUUGGAUGGUCAAGAGCCAGUGGUUGCCAUUUCGGAUUUUUUGCGGUUGUUUCAUGAAUCAGUUUUGGAGCAAAUGAUGCGAACGGGUGCUGGUCGAUACUCGGUUGAUCAAUUUGGUUAUUGCUUGACAGUUCCAGCGAUAUGGGACGAUACAGCCAAAGCAACCAUGCGUGAGGCCAUGGUCCAAGCAGGAAUCAUCCGAGCAGACGAUCCACCAGAACGACUUGUAUUAGUCGGUGAACCUGAAGCGGCUGCCAUGUAUAUUGAAAAACAGUGCGAGAGCUGGAAUGAUAUGCAGGAUCAAGAUACCUUUAUGAUUGUGGAUGCCGGUGGCGGCACUGUGGAUAUUAUCAUAUACCAAAUCGACAAGUCUGGAGAAACACGGUCAUUGAAAGAAAUUACUCGAGGAUCUGGUGGUACAUGUGGCAGUGCGUAUAUUGACAACAAUAUGCGCCAAUGGUUGUUGGAUCGAUUGGGCAGCUACGCGGAGCAUGUGUCCACAUGCACAUUGGAAAAUAUAAUGGAAUCCUUUGUCGAAAAAAUCAAGCCGUAUUUUUGCGGUGAAGGCGACCAGUACCUCACCGUACCUGCAACCAUGAUGCAGUUGCGCCAACACAUUGACGAUCUGAUCGACGAAGACGGCAACAUCCUCCUUUCUGCAGCCGAACUCGACUCGAAAAUCUAUGUGCCUGUGUUUGAUCAAGUCAUUUCAUUGAUCCAGGAGCAACUCGAUCAGGCACCGCAAGUCAACUCACUGUACCUUGUCGGUGGUUUCGGAUGUUCCGAAUAUCUUUACACGACCGUCAAGCAACGUUUUGAACCCCGGAUACCCACCGUUGCCAUGGCACCGAGAGGAGAUGUGGCUGUAGCGCGUGGCGCCAUAUAUCAUAUCAGCCAACCUGCAUUCAUUGCUACAAAGAUAUUGAGAAACACGUAUGGAUUGAUGACACGCAUGGCAUUUCAGGAAGGUUUGGACCCAGAGUCGAGUGCAGUUAUUACGAGUGAUGGGAUUAAACGCUGUUCGACUCGUUUCGAUAUCAUGGCGUUCAAGGGUCAGUCGAUCCAUGUAAAUCAAAAAAUAAGCAGACAUUUUUGGGUCAAGUAUCCAAGAAACACUGAAGCGGAUCUAUAUGUAUAUGAUGGUGAUGCGCCUAUUCCUCGUCAAGUAACAGAUCCAGGUGUACGCAAAAUGGCUGAUUUCCCUAUCAGGAUGCCACCCUUGGAGGGAUAUUCAGUGGGUGAUCCGGUCGAUAUCAAAAUAGACUUUAUGUUUGGGUUGGCCGAGUUAAAGGUCCAUGUAUUUAUCGUUGGAAGGCAAAUAGAAUUUGUUACUGCGUUUGAGAACGAGUGAUAAACAGUACAUGAUUAUCAAGUUUGGUGAUGAGGACAACAACAACAACAGCGUAUGCUAUUUUGUUUUCCAUUAAAUGGUAUAUUGCAAUUGCAUUAAACAUUCGCUUUUAUGCUCAGGCGGA